UUGCUUUCAUCAUGACCACUGUACUCAUAACAGGAGCCGCAGGUUAUAUUGGCAGCCACGUUACUGUUGCUGCACUGGACGCAGGUUACAAUGUUGUAGCUGUAGACAACUGUGUGAACGCCUCACCAGGAGAUGAAACAAUACCUCCUAGUCUUCAGCGAGUUCAAGAGAUAACUGGAAAGACACUAAGCUUUUAUAAGAUUGAUCUACUAGAUAAGGAGAGCGUUAGAGCAAUUUUCAGCAAGUACAAUCCUGAGUGUAUUAUACACACAGCUGCGCUAAAAAAUAUGGCCGAAUCAGUGAAAAAUCCUCUUCCUUACUACCGCAAUAACAUCGGAUCUUUAUUGACUAUAUUAGAGAUCAUGAAAGAGUUUAACGUCAAAAAGAUUGUAUUUUCAAGUUCAGCCCUUGUAUAUGGUACUCCAGAGUACAACCCUAUCGACGAGCGCCAUCCGGUGGGAAAAACAUGCACGAAUCCUUAUGCUAAGACAAAAUAUUUCUGUGAAGAAAUUUUGAAAGAUGCUUGUGCAGCAGAUAAGGAUUUAACAGCAGUGGCUCUUAGAUAUUUUUCACCGGUGGGAGCUCACGAAUCUGGGCGAAUAGGAGAAGAUCCUUUAGGCCCGCCAAGCCAACUGAUGGCAAUCAUUUGUCAAAUUGCUGUUGGGCGACGACCACAGCUAGCUAUAUUUGGUAAUGAUUUUAACACUGCGGAUGGAACAGUCGAACGAGAUUAUAUUCACGUAAUGGAUCUGGCAAAGGGAAGUGUGGCACCACUGAAUAAAAUGAAUGAAGAUCCAAACUAUAAAGGAUUUAAGGCUUAUAACCUAGGAAUGGGAAAAGGAUAUUCGGUUCUUCAGCUGAUAAAAGCUUUCUCUAAAGAGUCAGGUAAGAAAAUCCCCUACACCAUUGGAGAAAGACGAGGAAUUGACGUCGCUCAACUUUUUGCACAUAUUGGUUUAGCUGAAAAAGACCUCGGAUGGAAACCAAGACAGACAUUGGAAGAUAUGUGUAGAGACACCUGGCGAUGGCAGUCUAAUAAUCCACAAGGCUACAGAACAUCCAAGUAGCUCAAAUAAGAUUAUUUCAAGCAUCAUAUUUUAUUGUUCACUAACUUUCGUGUUGUUUUCCUACACGUAUAAGUUACUAUAAAACGUAUUCCACUGACUGAUUCAAAUGUACAGUUCUUCCUAGUUCUCCUGGAACCUGUACUUCAAUAUUAUGUGUGCAAAUAAAAUCAACGAUACAUA